AUGGACGGUCUCUACAUUAACAGCACCUCACAGGACCAAAGCUUUAACCACAUCAACAUCACCUCCAACAUUAACAAUGAGCCAGACAUCAAAUAUGUGUUGACAUGCGUAAUCAUUGCUAUUGGCCUCCCGUUGAUCCUCGUGGCCAUCUGUGCUCUUUAUUCGCUGGUGAGAAGUGAUCAUGUUGCUCCCAUCUACGUCAUAAACCUUCUCAUUGCUGACCUCAUCCAGCUCUGCUGCAUGAUCGUUGACGUGGCAAAACCUGAGGAUAAGAAGAUAUAUAACAUAUUUUCAUAUAUUCACCUCUUUGCUCUGUUUGCCAGUAUUGGCUUCAUGGUCUGCGUCGCCCUGGAAAGGUAUUUGGUCAUCGCCCACCCGCUGUGGUACCGCUUCAGACGAACCAUCAAGUCCUCUGUGGUGAUCUGUGUCGCGGUCUGGGUCCUUUCUCUCGUCUGUGCCGUUCCUUACUAUUUGUAUGAUGCUGAUGGGGUCAUUUACACAGUCUUCGCCGUCCUCUUCCUCCUUCCCUUCCCGCUGUUAAUAUUCUUCCUGGUUGGGACCCUCAAAGCCCUGUCUGCUUCCAUCUCUGUCCCGUCUGAUGAAAAACGACGAAUUGUGGGAGUUUUGGUUCUGGUGCUGCUUAUUUACACCCUGCUGUUCCUGCCCAGAAUCAUUAUGUACCUGGAAGUAGACUAUGACGAGAACCUCUUCAACCUGUCGCAAAUGUUGCUUAGAUUCAGUCCUCUUGCAGACUUGUUCCUGUAUGUCUUCAUGAGGAAGAGGUUCAUAGACAAGCUUUUGGCCUCUGUGUGUUGCUGCAGAAUGGACAGCAAUGAUAUCAGCAGUCCAUAUGCUGAGAAUGCACCAUAA